AUGGAGGACAGCAAAUUAAAGCCGGUCGAAUCGGCGCAGUCGCUCGCUGCGACCUUUUCGCCCAUGAAAGAGGUCCUGUUCGUUGCUCUGGUCUGCAUGGGUCAAUUCAUGACCCAAACCAAUAUCGGAAUAUGCUUAUCGCCACUCGAUAUUGUCGGUGAUAGCUUUGGCAUCACUGGCCCAGGCAUUCUGAGCUGGUUCAUGGCCGGAUAUUCCCUCACCGUGGGAACUUUCAUCCUGGUAUCUGGACGAUGCGGCGAUCUUUUUGGAUAUCGUCUCAUGUUCAUCUCCGGCUUCUGUUGGCUUUCACUCUGGUCCCUUGUCGCCGGGCUCAGUGUCUACUCGAAUCAUGUCCUGUUCAUUUUCGCCCGAGUUUUCCAGGGACUCGGUGGUGCAAUGAUGUUGCCCAAUGCACUGGCCCUCCUCGGCGCAACCUAUCAACCAGGGAAGCGAAAGAACAUGAUCUUCGCCAUUUUCGGUGCUACUGCUCCUAACAGCGCCCUGUUAGGAACCGUUUUCGGUGCACUCUUUUCGCAGUUGGCUUGGUGGCCUUGGACAUACUGGUCACAGGCUCUCGUUUCCCUCGCUUGCGCUGGGCUGGGUCUCCUUGUUAUUCCAUCCAUUCACCACGAGACACAUUAUGAGAAAUCCUUUGUCGGUUUGCUCAAGGCUCUCGAUGCACUAGGUGCAGCUUGCGGAAUUGGCGGGCUAGUCCUUGUGAAUGUAGCAUGGAACCAAGCACCUAUCGUCGGAUGGAGCGAGCCCUACGUUUAUGUGAUUCUCAUAAUCGGUAUCAUUUUCAUCGCCGCCUUCUUUUAUGUUGAGUUCCGUGUCGCUGAACACCCGCUCAUCCCAUUCCAUGCUUUCAGCCACGACGUUUCAUUCGUCCUUGGCUGCGUCGCCUGCGGUUGGGGAUCAUUCGGUAUCUGGAUUUUCUACUUCUGGCGAUUCCAAGAGCAGUUCCGCCAUGCGACUCCUCUUCUGGCCUCCGCCGAGUUUGUUCCCGUCGGCCCGAUCGGAAUCAUUGCAUGCGUCGUCACCGGAUGGUUGAUGGGUCGCAUGCGCCCCGGGUGGAUCAUGGUACUUUCGAUGAGUGCAUUCACAUUAGGCAAUGUGUUGAUCGCAAUCGCGCCUGUACAUCAAACUUAUUGGGGGUUGACUUUCGUUUGCCUCUUGGUAAUUCCAUGGGGUAUGGAUAUGUCGUUCCCCGCAGCAAGUCUGAUGCUCUCGAAUUCAGUUGAACGGAAGCACCAAGGUGUCGGCGCAUCCCUCGUGACCACCAUUGUUAACUACAGUGUAUCACUUAGUUUGGGCUUCGCUGGUACAGUUGAAGUUCAUGUCAACAAUGGGGGCACCACACCCGAGGAUAUCUUGAAAGGAUACCGAGGCGCCAUGUAUAUGGCCGUUGGUCUUGGCGGUCUGGGAAUGUUUCUCAGUGCGAUCUACACUUUCAAGGGCUAUCGAGCCGAUAGCCUAUCCAAGGGAGUCGAAGCCGAGGAACCCAAAGAGUAA